AUGAAGCAUCCAUUCCAGCUCCUCCUAGCGAACAAACAGGGGACGCUUUUGUUUGCCGCGGUGCAAAACCAUAUCUUGGUUUACGAUACAUACACAGGUGAAAUCCGUGGACAUUGGUUUGACGACCAACAAUCAACUCACAAGAACCAUCAAUUAGAAAGACGAACAGGUAAACAAAUUUCAUCGAAAAUACAAAUCUACAACCAUAUCAAAUGUCUAGCUGUAACUGAUUCGCAUCUUGUUGCAUCUACCGAUUCCGAUAAAUCAGUACUUGUCUUCACCAUUGAUGAUGCCAGUGAUAAUAUCUUGACUUUGAGUAAACGACAACCAAUGCCUAAACGACCAUACUCCAUAACUGUAUACAAUGGUACUGUGAUUGUGGCUGACAAGUUUGGUGAUGCGUAUUCCGUAUCCAUUGAUCUGAACCCACCAGUAAUGGAAAAGGAUUUAGUGCCCAUCUUGGGUCACGUUAGUAUGUUGACUGAUGUCGUUGUGGGUGUUCACAACAACAAACCGUUUUUGAUUACGAGUGAUCGAGAUGAACAUAUUAGAGUUUCAAACUAUCCUAAAUCGUACGUGAUCAAGCUGUUUUUACACGGACAUGAGGAAUUUGUGUCGCAGCUUUGUUUAGUUGAUGAUUUACUUGUGUCAGGCGGAGGUGAUGAUUACAUUUUUGUUUGGAAUUGGUAUUCCGGUUCGUUAUUAAGCAAAUUUGACUUGAAAGAGGUUGUUGAUCCGUACUUGACUGAUGCGCAUUUACCUCCUGAAAAGUAUAGAUCUGAAGAAUCACCAAAGGAGAUUAGUGUUGCCAAGAUUGAGCAUGUUGAAAAGGGCAAUGUCAAAUACUUUGUAGUAUUGGUUGAACAUACUUCGUGUUUGCUCGUGUUGGAGCUUAAAGAUAACCAGCUCAAUUUGUACAAUAUUAUCAAGUUUGAUGAGCCAUGCAUCACAUUUACCGUUGGUGGUGGUGGGAUUAUAUACGCUUCAUUAGAGUCGGAAUCGGUACUACAUUGUUUGAACUUCCCCGAUGCAACACCUAAAUCCUCAAUAAUUGACAUCAAUCUGAUUCCAAUUGCAGUCACCAACAAAUCAGAUUAUGCCGAGUUUUACCCCGUGACAACUCUACGCAAAAGGAGUGAAUACUGA